CCUAAGGAUCUUCUCCAGUGUUUUGAGUUUGGUUAGAUGAAAUAUGCAAUGUUCGCAGGAGAGCCGGGUUCUUUUUCUGCUACAUUUUGUUUUCAUUCUGGCAGCCGGCCACGAAGAGUUCUCCGACUCUGGCAGACUUCUCUCCCCCUCUGCAGAAAAAGAGUCAGAUCUGUCCAUCGUCCAUCCAGUGAAAAUCGGCGCAGAUGGCCAGUUCAUCUCUCACUCUCUGUCCCACCACUUCACUGGUGGGCGAGUCAAACGUGACCUGCGACCCCAGGAUUUAGAGGGACGGGUUUAUUACAAGGUCACCUACAAAGGUCGGGUUUUAAUAUUCAAUUUGACAGCAAACAGUCACCUGGUUUCAAAUGACUACAUCCUGGAGAGGAGGACCGGGAGCGCGAACAGGACGGAGCAUCGUCGCUCCGAGGGGAAUUCCUGUCACCUCCUUGGCACCGUGGCAGACUCCGAUGUGCGUGGAGUUGCUGCCAUCAGCGCUUGUCAAGGACUGAGAGGCCUCUUCACCCUGCCAGAGGGACAAUAUUUCAUUGAGCCGGUCCAUAAUUCUCCUAGUGAUCCUGUCGGGACCCCAGAGCCCCAUAUAGUCUACCCCAGAGUCACUACAGAAACACACAGACACAAACGCAGCCCCAAGACCCAGGACACACCCAGCCCCUGUGGAGUUAAAGAUGCUCCAAGAGACUCAGUCCAGGUGGAGAGGGAGAGGGAGGAGUGGGAGAGGGAGCAGCAGCAGCAAGGGGUGGGACAGCCUCAGUCCCGAACCCAGCGCUCUGUCAGCAGAGAGAGGUGGGUGGAGACCAUGGUGGUGGCCGACUCCAAACUCAUCGAAUACCACGGCAGCGACAACGUGGAGUCCUACAUCUUCACCAUCAUGAACAUGGUAGCUGGGAUCUUUCAUGAUGCCAGUAUUGGGAAUGCCAUCCACAUCAUCCUGGUUCGUCUCAUUCUGCUACAUGGAGAAGAGAAAGGGUUAAAGAUUGUUCACCACGCAGACACAACUUUAGCCAGUUUCUGUGCCUGGCAGAAGAACCUCAACCCACAGAGUGACACACAUCCAGCUCAUCAUGACUUAGCUGUGUUGGUCACCAGGAAAGACAUCUGUGCAGGAAUGAACCAGCCCUGUGAGACCCUGGGACUGUCUCACCUGUCUGGGAUGUGCCAACCACACCGCAGCUGCAACAUCAAUGAGGAUUCAGGCCUCCCCGUCGCCUUCACCAUCGCUCAUGAAAUGGGCCACAGUUUUGGUAUCCAUCACGAUGGCCAGGGGAAUGACUGUGAGCUGGAAGGGAGACAUCCCUUCAUCAUGUCCAGACAGCUGAUGUACGACAGCUCCCCUCUCACUUGGUCGCCUUGCUCCAAGGAAUACAUCACACGUUUUCUAGAUCGUGGUUGGGGGUUCUGUCUCGAUGACCGUCCCUCCAAGCGGGACCUCACGACCCCGUUAGCACGCCUUGGUGUCCGCUACACCACGCACCACCAGUGCCAGCUACAGUACGGCCCCAACGCCACCUUCUGCCCUGAGGUUGAUAACGUUUGCCAGAUCCUUUGGUGUUCGGUGAACGGCUCCUGUCGCUCCAAACUGGACUCGCCGAUAGACGGCACUCGCUGUGGACCUGAGAAGUGGUGCAUCUCAGGGGAGUGUGUGAUUGUGGGUAAGCUGCCAGAGACGGUGAAUGGAGGCUGGGGACAGUGGAGCACCUGGUCUCACUGCUCCAGGACAUGUGGAGCCGGUGUCCAGUCAGCAGAGAGGGAAUGCAACAACCCCAAACCGGAGUUUGGAGGAAAAUACUGUACAGGGGAAAGGAAGCGCUAUCGCACUUGUAACACAAAGCCGUGCCAGCAGAAUAAGCCCACCUUUAGAGAGAUGCUGUGCAGUGAGUUUGACACCGUUCCUUACCAGAAUCAGCUCUACCAGUGGAUCCCUGUGGCUAAUCCAGUGAGCCCCUGUGAGCUGCACUGUCGACCGGUGAAUGAGUAUUUUUCGGAGAAGAUGCUUGACGCUGUGACAGACGGCACUCCAUGCUUCAUGAACAACAACUCAAGAAACAUCUGUGUCAACGGAGUGUGCAAGGAGGUAGGCUGUGACUAUGGCAUAGAUUCAAAUGCAGUAGAAGAUCGCUGCGGAGUCUGUUUGGGAGAUGGGACAAGCUGUGAAACGGUCUAUAAGACGUUCGAUGGAGGAGAAAGCUUUGGGUACGUGGACGUGGGUGUGAUACCUGAGGGGGCGCGAGACAUCCUGGUGCAGGAAGUGGAGGAGGCAGGUAACUUCCUGGCUCUGAGGAGUCAGGAGUCAGAGGACUACUUCCUCAACGGUAAUUACAUCAUCCAGUGGAACGGGGAGUAUGAGGCCGGCGGGACGACGUUCUUCUACGAACGCAGCGGGAACAUGGAGAACCUCACCGCGCCUGGACCCACCAAACACCCAGUCGUGAUCCAGUUGCUGUAUCAGGAGAAGAACCCAGGUAUAAAGUACGAGUAUGUCGUCAAGAAGAGCCGAGAGACAGGAAAUGAGGUCAUUGAACCUCUUUACGGGUGGAGACACGGGGCGUGGACAGACUGCAGCACCACGUGUGGUCUUGGUGAGCAGCUUCAGCCGGUGCGUUGCUUUGAGAUGGAUGUGGGUGUUGUGGAUGAGUCUCUGUGUGACCCAGACAGUCGCCCGGAGGACCGGCACCGCAAGUGCAAGAACAUGGAAUGCCCUGCAAGGUGGUGGGUGGGGGGCUGGCAGCAGUGCACAGCCACCUGUGGCUCAGAUGGAGUGCGAAAGCGAACGGUGCUCUGUGUUCGAACGGUGUCAGGGGAGGAGAGGGUGCUCCACCCGGUGGAAUGCAAGCAUCUCCUUAAACCCAAACCUUUGGUGCCAUGCAACAGAGAUGUUCCCUGCGGGCAGGACUGGGCUGUUGGUUUAUGGGAAGAGUGCCCAGUAUCAUGUGGAGGAGGCGUUCGCUCUCGGACAGUUACUUGCACGUUAGCACCCAAAUCAACCUGCGACCUCUCAACCAAACCCCGGUCCCGAUCACUGUGCGCUCUGCAGAGCUGCCCCAACUCAAGUCUCCGCAGACGACCUGGGCCUCCGCCGAAAUAUCGCCGCAUCUAUCCACCAAGGAACACCACCACCACCAGGCGUCCUGUCUCACCUACCUGGGCUCCCAGGAGCACCACUGCUACACCUACACCUACACCCACUGUCACCGUGAGGGAGGAAACAACCAGCAGGCAAACUACAGCUGCUUUCAUCCCUGCAACCACAUCUGUCACAACCCCUGAGAUCACAACGCCUGAAAUUAUAGACGCAGAUGAUUAUGAGUUCAAUGUCAUAGUGAGAAGAAAGGAAACUAAGGAAGAUAAGGGAGGAAACUCUUUCCCUGAUGAGGUAGAUGUAAAACGGACUGAUGCAGGAAAGACAGAAGUGGAAGAGGAGGAGGAAGAGGAUGGAAGCACACCAAAUGUUGUGGUGUACACUCCAGGUUAUGACUAUGUUGUUGAAGAUAGGACAACAGAGGAGGACGGCAUUACUGACCUGGAUGCUGUUACCACGGCAACUUCCCUCCGAACACCCAUUAAAUCGCUCACCACCACAGCAUCACCACAUACACUCAUUACUGCCCCUGCUUUACAGACAAGCCCACAUACGGCACACACAACCAGAGCACCCACUACACACACCUACUCCACCCCACACACCACUACAGAUAUGUGGGCUAAAACCACACGCCACUAUCCCCUCUUCAACCCUAACACCACCCCUUCCAUCAGUCCGUACGGCCGCUGGACACUUCCUCACGCCACUCCAACACCCAAAAAGCACUCCGCCCCGGCAAAAGCUCACUACCACACAACACGAGCCCCCACCCCGACUACUGCAAAAAAGACAUUCAGCACUGCGGCGGCACCCCAGUCCACAGUGAAAAUCAUCAAACUGAAGAAACUCGCCGACAAUCCCAAAAAAAACAGCUCUCAUUCUAAAAAGCCCUCCCCCCGUUCCAAAAGCCCCACCCACCGCUCCAAGAACCAGAACCAGAGAGCAGGAAGCCCCGGGGUCAGCGCCACUGGUGACCAGAGCAACCUGAUGGCCAGAGAGACGGUUAGCAUGGAUGUAUUCUGGAUAACUGGAAACUGGAGUGAGUGCUCUACAUCCUGUGGGAUUGGUGCGGUAUGGAGGACGGUCAUGUGCAGCUCCCAGAAUGAUGAGGACUGUGCCAACAUUAAGAAACCUGAGCCGGCUCGUACCUGCCACCUACGGCACUGCGCCACGUGGUUAAGCAGCAACUGGAGCAAGUGUCCAGAGGACUGUGCAGUGGUGGGAAGGAGGCAGCGUGAUGUCCAGUGUGUGGAUUCCCAGAAUAAACGCCCUCUCAGACCUUUCCACUGCCAGGCCCUGUCCAGCAGACCCCCCAGCACCAUGUCCUGCCCCCUCAGACCCUGCCUGACCUGGAGAACGUCACCCUGGGGACCGUGCUCUGGGAGCUGUGGCGAGGGAGUCAGGGAGCGGCUGGUGUACUGCCCAGAGCCUCAGCGCUGUAGCGCCCCGCGGAGGCCAAACAGCACAGAGCCAUGCCAGCUAAAGCCCUGCACAAACUGGGAGCCCCAGGACUGGGAGGAGUGCUCUGUGAGUUGUGGUGGGGGUCAGCAGCAGCGUGAAGUCAACUGUGUGAGUAAGGGGGAUUUGGCUGUAAUGCCAAACAGCCUCUGUGAGAAGAUUUCCAAACCAGAAACACUCAGGAAGUGCAAUAUGCAGGAAUGCAAGAGCAGCACAGGUCCAGUGUGCAGAAAGAACAGCAUGUCCUCUCGCUUCUGUGACAAGCUGAAGCUGUUGGGUCGCUGCUCCCUCAGGUCGGUCCAGAGACAGUGUUGUGUCACCUGCGGGCCGUAGCCAGGGUAACACACCCUCACACACCACCAUGGACACAUUCAAUGUACAAUAAUACUUACUCUCAUGCAGCACUACAGUCAUCCAUCCAAAAACAGAGUAGCUCAUGUUCACAUGGUGCUGCUCUAAACAAAGGUGCUAACAACCACCUCAUCACCACAACUUCAUUCAACACUGGUAAUCCUCACAAAAUAAACUGGGUCGACUGAAUUUUCUUCCAUCAUUCUCCUUGUUUUCCAAGGAAUAUUUUGCAAGGAAACAUACAAUAAUUGCGAAAGAAAGCUGGAGAAAAUUCCAAACACUGGUGGUCAAUACACAUUUUGAGUGCAGCUAGUUUUAGAGGUUUACUGCUCAUCGAUCCAUGACGAGGUGAGCACUCCAGAAAAAAAAACAAAUGUUAUUCAUAAUUAAAUUACUGCUUUCAUUAUUUCUCUCUGAGCGUAAAACACCUUGCAUACUGCUGUAGUCCCCUGCCAAAUGCAGAUUAAAAUUUUAAUCAUACAAACAUUUCUUGGAGAUAUUCGGUUUAUUCACACAUAUCGGAUUACUGAUCCGGUGCUAAUUGUCUCAUUAAAAAUGUUCUUUAUCAUUUGAAAAAGAUCCAAUUCUAAUCUGCAGCAUUUAUUUCACUAAUUAACUUCCCUCAAAGGAGCAUACCAGCCCUAUUUUGUCUUUCUGUUAACGGUCGUGAUCUCAUGUGUCACAAAUUUGGUUUUGCAGCUUAAAAGUCAAGGCUAACACCACCCACGUCACUCACAUUCAAAAACGAGAAAUUGAAA